AUCUCCCACCCUCCCUCCAUCCCCACCUUACUCCCACCUCCUCUUCCUCCUUUCCCGUUCCCGGUACUCAGAUGCUAAUAAAACCGGUGGUUAGCCGUUCUGCCAGCCUAAAACAUUUACAGUGUGUAAGGCUUUGAUUUCGCGUAACCUACACCGGACGGAGCAGAUAUUUGUGAUAGCCCCUAACUUGAACUACAGCAACAAGUGCAAGAAGACAAAGCAGACUAAAAAUCAUCCUUCAGAAUAUAUAACCCCCCUGAACUGCAAGACCGUUCUGUAACAAACAACCAAAUAUAUAACACUACUUCCCCCACCAUCCACAGUUAACAGACACUUUGACACAAAAGCGAAGAGCCAGGGCUUCAUAUAAAUGGCUAACAAGCAGAUCAGUUUGCCUGCCAAAUUGAUCAAUGGGGGUGUUGCUGGUCUAAUUGGAGUCACCUGCGUGUUUCCCAUCGACUUGGCCAAGACUCGCUUGCAAAACCAGCAAAAUGGAUCUCGCCUUUACACCAGCAUGUCAGACUGCCUUAUCAAGACCAUCCGGUCAGAAGGAUAUUUUGGGAUGUACAGAGGUGCGGCGGUGAACCUAACACUGGUCACGCCAGAGAAAGCCAUCAAAUUGGCUGCCAAUGACUUCUUCAGGCAUCACCUCUCCAAGGAUGGAAAGCUCACCUUGCUCAAAGAGAUGCUGGCUGGGUGCGGUGCAGGCACUUGCCAGGUUAUUGUCACCACUCCUAUGGAGAUGUUGAAAAUUCAGCUCCAAGAUGCUGGACGUAUUGCGGCUCAGAGGAAGCUGAUGCCAGAGUCAGUGCCAGCAGGCACCGUGGAACCCAAGUCACCAACUGCAAUGCAGCUCACCAGACAAUUACUGAGGGAAAAGGGAAUUGCCGGAUUGUACAAGGGCCUUGGCGCCACAUUGCUCAGGGAUGUUCCAUUCUCCAUCAUCUACUUCCCUCUUUUUGCUAACCUGAAUGACAUUGGAAAGCGAGGCACAGAAGGACCCGCUCCGUUCUACGUAUCCUUCAUAUCGGGCUGCUUAGCGGGGAGCACGGCUGCCGUCGCAGUCAACCCGGUCGACGUGAUAAAGACAAGACUUCAGUCUUUGAACCGGGGGAGCACAGAGGACACGUACAGCGGAGUGACCGACUGCAUCAGGAAAAUCUUACAUAAUGAGGGCCCAUCCGCCUUCCUGAAGGGGGCCUACUGUCGAGCCUUGGUGAUCGCGCCUCUCUUUGGCAUCGCCCAGGUGGUCUACUUCCUAGGCGUGGGCGAGUAUCUCCUCAGCUUCUUGCCUAAAAAGGACAAGUAGGAAGCACAUCUUUUUCGCCCUUUCCUGCCCCGAUCGCAUCACACCGCCGCCUGCGUGAGAAGUCAUCUCAUUCUUGCAGACCUUUAUGUUUGUAUUUUUAAUGAUCAUGUACUACAUUUUGUUUCAAAUUUGUCUCGAAUGUCUGAAUCAUGCAGGACGGAGCCUCCGUUUGCUGCCUAGCUGCCUGUGUUGGCGCUAAUCAAUCUUGAUAUGAAGCCACAAGCAUCAGUUUGGCUUUCUCAAGGAGGGUGAAUUUUUAAUUACUACAUAUGUUGUUUUAUAUUAUGAUUGUUGAAAUUUCAAGGUAGACUUACUGCCCUUGGUCGCUGCAGUUUUUCAAGCUACUCUUUACCUGAUUAUUUAAAACAACGCUCCUCUCCCAAUCAAAUAGACUAGUGAUGCAUUAAAAAUAGAAUAGUGCAACUACCUUAAUCAUAAGCACACAUAUCAAGAUUUUUAAUAACAAAGCUAUUCAGGAUAUUUCUCUAUGCUUGUGUCUCAAUGUACACUGAAAAAUAUAAAGGGAAUACUGGAUGAAUUAAAUGUUCCGGUGGAAAAUAUGUAUUUGGAUGACAUCGUGUCAUUCUUUGACAACAAAAUAAUGUUAGCGUUAUGAAACUCAAAUCAUACAUCAAAGUUGAAACACAUCAAAGGCUUAUCCAAGUUCUGUCUCGGUAAUGUGUAUGGCCUCCACGUGCAUGUAUGCGCUGGAAACAUGCAGAUGAGUGUCUUGCGUUCUGGCAGUGCUAUAUUGAGAAGAGGUGUUCAGGUGUAUUUAUCUGUCUCCUGGUAUCUCGUCCACACUUUCGACUAUACUGGUUACACAGCAUACCUUCUGGCCAUGGCGAUUUUGGAUGUGUCAUCCUGGACGAUCGGCACUGCCCAAGCAACUUGUGUGGGCUGCAGAUAACACCUCAUGCUUCUACUGGGGGUGAGGGCACUGGAAACAUGCGAAACUGGGCAAAUGUCCCAUUUGCACAACAGCCGUGGAAACUGAUUCACAAUCGCCAUUUCUCACAGGUUGAUAUCCCUCAUGACUGACCUAAAGUUACAUUGGGAUGAGAAUGUGUUCCCUUUAUCAUUUUUUGGAACAGUGUAGUUCAGGGAAAGUGUUGAUGUGAUACCAGCACACCUGAGAAGCCACAACCCUUAAACCAUAUGAUGAGUUUCAUUAACACAGUUUAUUUUUUUGAGUAGAUCAGAUUCCAUACGAUGCGUCCACAGUAACUCUACUGUUCACCUUGUUUCAAAGAUCCUUCUGUGUCGUGUAGACAGGGGACAGAGUUAGGAAUGCUGUCAGAACCGCACGCACACACAAUCACAGAAUCACGUUGCUUUAAGAAACUUUGCGCCACAGAGCAGUGUAAAAGCAGUAGUUGAAAUCAAAGAGGGGUCUCAGUAACACUGAUAUCAUGAGAAUAUAUUGCACAUUUUAUUGUAAACAGUACAGUCACUUACUGUGGAAGGCAUUUUUAAAUCAUUGUUUACAGAAUAGUUCAGUGGAUGUUGAUGUAUCAAACUUAUCUGAACUUGAAUUCACUGGCAGGGCCUAAAGAGCAAAUGACAAACCUUUAUCAUGAAAUCCAAUAUCAAACCAAUGUUUGUUUUGUUGACCAAACAUACUUGUGGAUGUGCUUGUUUGCUGUAGCUGCCCCUGUUGUAUCUCAACGCAAACCCUGCCAUUGGUUUAUCGAACCGGAGAUCAAGGUGACUUUGAUGUCUUUUUAAUCCAAUCACAUUCCACUCGAGCGCCCAUUUUGCUGUAUUGUUGUACGGUAGAUAUCAGAUGCAACUUUUGAAUAUUACUCAUCGGUGGGGAUAAGAACUAUAUAUCAAUGUUUCUUUUGAUGGGUGGUAUGGCACUGUAUGUUUUUGUGUUGUUGAUGUGUCCACCUUGACUCUAUUGUACAUAUGCAGAUGGUAUUAAGUCUAUGCUUUUAAGAUAUAUUGUUUGUUUUGUACAUUAUGGCUUAUUUGCACACCUACCUCUCCCACCCCCCUUAUCCAUAGUGUGGUAAAUUUGUGUUAUGAUGAAGGAAUGCAACACGCAUAAUUUGCCAAGAGGUAUGCAAUCAGGAACACGUGCUUGGAGGUGCCAGUAUGUUUUAAGUCUGCAGGUAUUUAUGGAAAACUGUUUUAAUUGUUUUUAUUUAUUCAUAACCUUGACAUUCAUCUAAAAGUCCAAUGUUGUAGUAUGUUCUUUGUCCUCACGAGUAAGACAAUUUAGAGCACUAGUAGAUAUCUAGGCGCACUAGUAGAAUGACUGUCUUGCUAGUCAUGUUUUUCCAGUACUCGUGGUACUUUUGGCUUACUUGUACACAAUUAAACUGUAAUGGUAAACUAUGGAAAGCUGUUUGAGCAUUUAUUCGAUAUCAAGGGGAAAAAAAAUCCAUAAAGACGCCCAUAUUCUAUCCUUGUUUAAGAAUUUAUUUGAUAUCCCUGUACUUGUAGGACGAGUUGGGCAUACUAGAAUGACAAAUGCAUUUUACUACUUGUAAGCAAUGGCGACCCAUUUAAGCAUUUAUUUGAUAUCCUACUAGUAUACAUGUACUACUAGUGCACUCUUUGUCCUUGCUACUAAUAACAGAAUUAUACUAGUUAACAUCUAGCACUUCAUGCUAGUCCUGCGUAGAUGUUAACUAGUGCACAGUUUUGCCUCACUAAUAAUGUAUGUCUUUGUAGUAAGCCAAAGUUGUCCUACUAUUGUGCAGAAAUGUCAAACAUAUGGCAAGCCGUUUAAGCAUUUAUUCGAUAUCCUGCAAGUGCACUAAAUUGUCCAUGUACUACUACACUCUUUGUCCUCACUAUUAAGACUAGCGACGUUUCCAGGACUAUAUGACAUUUCUGCACACUAGUAGAACAACUACAACAACUACACGUUACUAGUAUGUCAAAAAUGUUCACGGAAAAACCUACUAGAACACCUGAACUUUAUUUGGGGUUCAUCACAAGCACUUUAAAUGGUGGCCGGUGGGUGCUGACUUCCAUUUAACGUGAUCCUGACUGCGGUUGGUUAAUUCUGAACACAGCCACAUCCCCAGGUUAAGAAGGUGUGCACACUUGUGCAACCAAAUUAUUUCAGUUUAUUUUUCCUUCCCCUCUCAAAAAGAUCCAAGUAUUAUAGGUUAUAGGUUAAUUGUGGGAAAAUUAUUGAAAUGAUAUAUCUUGGUCUCAUUUUUUUAAUAUCAGAAAAACCUGGCACUUGAACAGGGGUGUGUAAACUUUUUAUAUCCACUGCAGUUGUCCCACUAGUAUACCAAAAGUUUUCCUACUAAUGUUCAGAAAUGUCAUACAGUCAUAGACGCCAGUAGUGGGAAAAAAAAUACAACUACUAGGAACACUACUGUGCUGAAUUGUCUUAGUAGUGAGGACAAAGAGCAUAUUAAAGUACAUGGACCUUACGCAGGAUAUCAAGGAUAUGGAAUAAAUGCUUAGCGGCUUUCCGUAGGUCUCACGAGUCUCACUGUUGUCUAUUCCGACCAAAUGUAGCGUCAUAUAAUGGCGAUAGGACUAUAAUAAGCUCCAUGCCAAUAGACUUUGGCCCUACUGAAAUGAAGUGUUCCCUGGACGAGGCCAACGGAGACCCGCUGACUCGAGACUGUAAAUGUAACAUCAGUCAGUUUUAGAACGGUGCUCGCUCCAUUAGGUGGCCGCGCUAUGAUGGAGAUGCUACGAUAGCGACUGAAUCACACGCAGGCAAUUGUCAGCAGUCUUAAAGCACAAGCCAUAAGGUCACCUGGCACCUCCGGCCCUAAUGACUGUAACAGCUUAGCCACAAGGAAAAAUAGCUUGUCUAAGCUCAUUUCCGUAAAUGACUAUUACGCUUCUCUCAACAUUCCAAAUACCGUUUUCAUCUCACAUUUGCUGUUCUUGUGAUUAUGCCUGUUUUGUUUGAGUGGCGAUAAUUUGUUUUUAACCUUUCACCUGUUUUAUAUUAUUUUAGCUUUGACAAUGUUGUGUAAGUCAUGAAGCUUUACUUACGCCAUGAAUUAUUGCUGACCUUGUGAAUUUGGUUACGUGAGUGCGUGCGUGUCCGGACAAGUGUACUGUAGUGUUGUAGCUGAUGUGUAGUGGUUCUCUUUGCUUGUGUUUGUCUGUCACACUUGUGUGCCAUCUCUCGCUCCCCUUGCAGAGGAGUUGUACUACACCAAAUGUACGAGGACUUUUGAGUGGGACGCGAAAUCACACGUUGAUCCCUGACGAUCCCAAAGUGUGUGCAGAUGUGAACUGUAUUUAAGUUCAUUUGAAAUGAUAGAGGAGUUUUCUUUAUUUUUUUUAUUUCGGGGUUGAGUCAACAUAAAGAGACCCUUGUGAUGGUGUGCACUAACAGCAGUUAUCCACAAAAUAUAUAUUGCCUACAUAUUCUAAAUGAAUCAGAUAUAAGAAUGUAACUUAAGAUAUUAUCAGAUGUAUUCUUUAGCCAAUAAUUUAUCUCCAGAUUUAUUGCUUUACACUUUCACCUAAAACUUAGAUGUACACAACACAAAACCAGCUUACUGAUAUGCAAUAAGAAGAAGCGGCACACACUAGUAACAAAAAUAAACUUGUCAGCAUCACCAUAAUGUAUAAACAAUGUGACCAGGGAUCUUCUGAACCUUUUUGGGGUCUGACCCCUCCUCAAGACCUCUGUUCACUUCCUCCAAGAGGAAUUGUGAAAUACACAGCACUUUAAAACAACAACAAUCCCCAACCCUCCCACCAAUGUCACCCACACAAUACCUCUAUGACAUCGAGGGUGUUUCUCUUUGUGUGCAGUGAUUGACACAUGUCCUAUGCAUUGUUUACGAUGCAAUAGUAAAAAAAAAAAAAAAAAAAAAAAAAAGAUUUAGUGUUUCCUGUCGCGAUUUGCUGUUCAAUAAACUGACUGUCCCUAAAUCA